AUGAAAACAGAAUUUGAUCGAGAUCUAAGUAUAUUAGAUAGCUUGGUCUCAGAAAGUUCGUUUGUAACAAAUCCUUUGGUUUCUUUAAAUAAUGCUGCCUCUCUCGGAAUAGGUUCAAAAGUCCUCUUAACAUCUUCAUCUACAGCUAGUUCUAUCAUAUCAUAUGGUAUAUUUGGUUUAUCAGAUCCUAAAACUGAAUUAGCUGCUUCUUUUUUUAUUGGUUUCGGUGGUUUUUUAUCUUUCUUACUAAUUAUUGCAUUAUUCCGGUAUUUGCAUAUUGUUAUUCAUUCAUUUAGACGUCGAUCUAAUCAUAGUGGUAAUAGAUUUGUUGUUAGAUCUUCAGAAAAUCUUACAGAUAUUUAUGUAACUAAGGAAUUUGCAAAUUCUAUUCAACACCCUUAUGAAGUUUAA